AUGUCGCUCCAGACACCAGAGCGUGAGCAAGCUGAGCUGAGCCAAUACGACGCCAAAGUGUACCGUGCUUGUAAAGCCAUGACCGAGGCACAGAGUUCAUCCCUCAAGGUUUUGGGUGUUCCUUUCUUUGGAACAAAGCCACAUCUGAUCUUGCACGAAAGCGAGGAACCAUCUGCGAAUACAAGCAAUGAGCAAAAGGCGAGCAAUCCUGGUGGCCAGAAGAUCUCGAAGGCGCAACUCCUGGAUUUGCAGCGGAAGAUGCUGAACCACUUGAUGGAGUUGUAUGGCGACUGA